CCUCCCAGCUUCGCGUUUAUCCAACUCCUCCGACAGCUAGUGGGGAACAGCUUUUUAUACGACGACUUUAAAUAUGGAGGAUUUAUCGUGAAGCAACAGGAUUACACACGCUGGACACUUUUCCUGACACUCUUUUCCUCUGGACACUUGGACACUCCUUGUUUUUUUGUGCGCUGGAUGUGGACUGAGUUGAGCAGCGAUCCCAGCAGACAUUCCCUGGUGGUUUGUGUAUAGGAAAUGGCAACUGCUCUCAGUGGCCGAAACCCUGGCGGACGUGGACCAAACCGAAGUAAAGGUCGGAUUUUAGGCUUCAUUGAUGCCAUCCAUGAUGCAGUGGGACCGCCGAAACAAGCUGCUGCUGACCGGAGGACUGUGGAAAAAACCUGGAAGCUCAUGGAUAAAGUUGUCCGCCUCUGCCAAAAUCCCAGACUCCAGCUGAAAAACAGUCCUCCGUACAUCCUGGAUAUCUUACCUGAUGCCUACCAGCACCUGCGGCUUAUACUGGGCAAAUACGAAGAGAACCAGAGACUCACACAGCUCAGUGAAAAUGACUUCUUUAAAAUCUACAUUGACAGCCUUAUGAAGAAAUCCAAACGAGCCAUCCGUCUUUUUAAAGAGGGAAAGGAGAGGAUGUAUGAGGAGCAGUCACAGGACAGGAGGAACCUGACCAAGCUGUCUCUGAUCUUUAGCCACAUGCUGGCUGAAAUCAAAGCCGUGUUCCCUGGAGGACAGUUCCAGGGAGACACGUUCAGGAUCACCAAAGCCGACGCCGCCGACUUCUGGAGGAGAUUUUUUGGAGAAAAGACAAUAGUGCCAUGGAAAGUCUUCCGACAGUGCCUUCACGAAGUGCAUCCCAUCAGCUCUGGUCUGGAGGCCAUGGCCCUCAAAUCCACCAUCGACCUCACCUGCAAUGAUUACAUUUCCGUUUUUGAGUUUGACAUCUUCACACGCCUCUUCCAGCCAUGGGGAUCAAUUCUGAGGAACUGGAAUUUCCUGGCGGUCACACACCCUGGCUACAUGGCUUUCCUUACCUAUGAUGAAGUCAAAGCACGACUGCACAAGUACAUCAACAAGCCUGGCAGUUACAUCUUCAGACUGAGUUGUACGAGGCUGGGCCAGUGGGCUAUCGGCUAUGUGACCAACGAUGCCAACAUACUGCAGACCAUCCCCCAUAACAAGCCGCUGUUCCAGGCCCUCAUCGAUGGCUACAGGGAGGGCUUCUACUUGUUUCCUGAUGGUCGCAGCUACAAUCCUGACCUCACUGGUUUAUGUGAGCCGACACCUCAUGAUCACAUCAAAGUGACACAAGAGCAGUAUGAGCUGUACUGUGAAAUGGGCUCCACCUUCCAGCUCUGUAAGAUCUGCGCUGAGAACGACAAAGACGUCAAGAUCGAACCCUGCGGUCACCUCAUGUGUACUUCCUGUCUCACUGCCUGGCAGGAGUCGGAUGGCCAGGGUUGUCCGUUCUGUCGUUGUGAGAUCAAAGGCACAGAGCCCAUCAUUGUGGAUCCCUUUGACCCAAGAAAUGAGGGCAACAAGUGCUUCUUCCUGGACCAGCACAGCUGCCCCAUGCUGGAGCUGGACGAUGAGGAAGAUAAAGAGGACUGCCUGGUCAUGAAUGGACUGGCCAACAUCAGGAAGCACUGUACCGAGCGGCAGAACUCGCCCAUGGUGUCUCCCAGCUCCUCCCCAGUCAGCCAACACAGAAAAGCCCACAUAGGAGACCCCGGCCACUGUGGCCAGCACCUCGGCCUUCCCCCAGUCCCACCACGACUGGACCUCAUCCAGAAGGGCGCCAUCCGCUCCCCAUCUGCCAGUCCCACCGGCUCCCCAAAGUCUUCACCAGGCAUGUCCAGGAAGCAGGACAAGCCUCUCCCAGCCCCACCUCCUCCGCAGAGGGACCCACCACCACCGCCUCCCCCUGAGCGUCCUCCUCCUAUCCCCCCAGAGUCACGCCACUCUUGGCUCCCCAGUGCCUCUUCCUUGUCCUCUUCCAUCUCAUCAUCUACCAGCGCUCUGUCAGACUCCCAGAUUCACCCUGAGACACGGUGUCCCAAAGACAGCCACUUAUCAGAUGCCCACAGGACUGAUGCUGAACACUCGCUCCAACUGGGACCCCCUGGCCCCUCCCACCUGAACGGAAGACCUCUUAGUUGUCCUUCUGCAGGAUUUGGACGGUUACAUCACAGAAUGGAGGGGGCAGGAAACUCAGAGAGCUCUAAGCCCUUCUCUAAUGGCGUGCAAGUCAGCGAUGAUUAUGACAUCCUUCCCUCACGGCACUCGCCAACGCAGUCCAUCCAUGCCAACAGCCACAAAUCCUCCAACCCGUUCAGCAGUCCUGUGGUGGAGCGGCAGCGGGCAGUGAUGGACAGGGCGGAGGAUGACUAUCAGAUCCCUUCCUCCACCCUCUGUCUGAGUCAGGCUCCCAUCUGCAUCUCUGUACCCAGCAGGCACUUGGAGAAUGGCUCCCCAGAGCCCUCCAACGAGGAAAAGAAGUCCAGUGAGCCUGGUGGCCACUCAGAGUCGGUCAGGACGUUGGUUUCGGGGGCAGCUCAUUCUGCUCUCUGCCCCUUUACUACCAACAAGACACCCUCGGACUAUGACAUUCUGUUGCCCCCCCAAGUAUUAGAAGACCCCUUCAACUGCCGCCCUCCUUCCCAGCCUCCUCCUCCUCCUCCUCCACCGGCGCGGCACAGCCUCACCGACCUCUCCUCCUCUUCAUCGUCCUCAUCCUGCAGCUCCUCCACGUCUGCCUCUUCUAUCAUCGCACGACCACACAGGCCCUCCUCUGGACACGAGCACUCACUGUUAACCCCCGACGCAGUGUUUGACAUGCUGAACAGUGCUGCUCCUCUGCCUCCAGUCAGACGACACAUAGAACAAGUGAAAGGCUCCAGAGGCUGCCUGGAGUACGACCAUUUACCAGCCAGUCAAGUAUUGAUGGACAGUUUGCAGGCCCCUGCCAGGCCGCCCAAGCCACUGCCCAGGAAGAUCCCUCCAGACAUUCAGCCAGGCAAACCCUACAGCCUGGAGUCAGAGACUGUGGACGCCAAGAUCGCCAAGCUGAUGGGGGAGGGUUACUCCUUCGAGGACGUGAAACGGGCGCUGAUGAUCGCCCAGUACAAAGUUGACGUGGCCCGAAAAAUUCUGCGAGAGUUUGCCUUAGUGGCCCCGAGACUGAACCACUAGACAGUGGAAGGGGAGCACAACAGUGAAGCUGUGCCUCUGAACGGACUGAGUAAAAAAGGGCUUCUUCAGUCUGCUUGGCUAUGAGACUGUUAGAACAACAAUGAUCGACAGAAACAAUUUUUUUCAAGAGAGACUUUUGCCUUUUGUUGCCGAACAGAGAUGACAACGCACAACAAAGUGGCUCUAACCAAAUCAUGGCAGAACACAGAGAAUCAAUAAAGGGAGAGAAAAAAAAUGUCUGUGAAUGAUUUAAACCUGUGAAAAAAAAGAGAAAAGAAGCAGGCUUGUUGGUGUUUACAGUGAGCUUUGCUGGUUUUCAAAUGCUCGGACAGACCCUUUUGUCUCGGGGCUCAGACUUUCCUGUUUAAAAGCCUCGAUCCUGCUACUGCUGCUACUGUUCCUUUCACAUCCUGCCACCUUCCACACGUCAAUUUGAAAGGCGUUUCCAGUUCAUUUCAGCUUCAAAUGCUCCGCUGCUGAUUAGGAGUUAUUUUUAUUUACAGCCAUUAGGGGGAGCCAGACUCCACUGUUUCUUUCUUCAAACUCCUUUUUCUCACUCUCCUCUCAUCCGCAUCUCCUGUCUCACCCGCUUCCUCCUCUUCCCUCCCUUGUGUGUCGACCAUUAGAGAAUACUCCACUGUUAUUCUGGAGUCUGGCUGACGUUGUAGGUCUUAACGAGGUCUGGUGAGUCAGGAGUGGUUAGACGGAGCCAGAGGAUGCCUUAUUGAUUCACCUGUUCAAACCAGGAGAAGACGGUAUGACAGUUCCAGAGGAGCACUCUUUAUACACCUGGUAUUUUAUUUGGACAAGAAGAGUGAAGCGGGUGGGAGGGUUAGUUUCGCUCUCUUUGUUUCUGUUCCUAGACCAGAGGAUUAUUCAGCUGGGGCCUUUUUUUAAUUACUUUCUUCAUCUGAGGACAGCAAGCCUAUGAAUGUAUUUGUUCUGCAUGAGAGAGCUAUACCUUUGUACACUCUGAGCUCCUCUCAGGCCCAGCUUUGCCCUUAAGUGAUUAAGUGGUGGAAAAUAUUUCAUGGUCGUGGAAAAUGAUUCAUUUCUCCACGUGAAAAGCCAGAAGAUCGUGCCUGCGUUUCAGAUCAAGCUUUUAAAUGACGGGGGACGGGGGGGCUGUCGUGUAGAUCAGUGUCCAUCAGCUCAAGAGACGACACGCUCUGUGGCCGUCACACCGACCACAGCCUCCUGUCUCCUCUUCAAUUACACAGACAUCAUAUGGUGCAAAUGUCCACAUGAGGAAUGGCCUCUCAAUCUGAUUUGGAGCAAGAGUCACUUGAUAUAGCUCUGCAGCAAUUAUGCAUUUGUACUGAUGUGCACUUGUUGUUUGAACACAAUACAGACAAACAAGAAACUGCAAAGUAUUGAAACUAUGAGACUAGAGAGUCACAUGCACCGUAACAGGUGAAGCCCCUUACCUCAGAAUCUGGAAUCAGCUGUAUUUCCCCACACUGACUGCAAACAUGUUUCACCUAUGCAUGUAUUGGAUUUGACAAAAUGUAACACAGUAUUGCUUAUUACCCAGUUUUUGUCUUUCUGUUUUUGGAGGGGGAUUUAACAGGUUGGUAGGCUGUUUCAGGCCUGUUAGGACUGUCAUUUGCCAUAAAACAGGGACUAUGUUUACAUGGAUGAAAAAGCCCAGCUAUUGUUAAAUGGUAAUAUCACUUGAUUACAACUUGGGUCUCAUUUUUGUAGUUUCAUCAGUUAUAAUAAGAUUGUUCUCAUUAUAGUAAUAGCUGAGAUGUGGGAACUUGGCAGCAUUGCUACCACAAAGUCUGAUGGGUCAAGAAACACAAGCAGGUAGAUGAUCAGUGUGUUUCCAAUCCAACUAUUAAUCCAGAUUAUCUAACCUUCUUUAUUUCAAGUUAAAAGUUGUUGGGAUUUUUUGUUUUCUCUUCUGUAAACUCUUGUCUAACCUGAGGGUUUGGUUAAAACAUGUGAUCAUCUAAUCUCUUGUGUCUUGUCUUGUCCUCUUCUCAGUGAUGUCACCAUGUUUCCAGACCUCAGUGAUGAUCUUGGAAGAGUGUCAUGUUUAUCCUUACUGAUACCAAUGAUGGAAACUAUGGAAACGAGACCCAAAAAAUGAAAUUUGAAAAGUAUUACAUUAAAGCUGCUAAUUUCAAAUAUGAUGACUUUAAUGAUGUGUUGAGUCCCUGAGGAGUAUCUGCUUCUACAACAGUCACAAAAAAACUCUCUCCUUCCCUCUCAGUUACAACGUCAUUUUUGUGUAAGAGAAUUGACAAAAAAUUAGUGCCAACAGAGACAAACGGAUAACUUAGUGGAAUGGAGACAGUGCCAUGCGAUGUGUCAAUAAGAUCUGGUUCUAACUAUGUCAUUCUAACUACUAGGGAUGGGCAUGAUUAAUCGAUGAUCGAUAAUUGAUCGUUAAAGAUGUCGAUCACAUGAAAUCUUUAUCAAUCAAACGCUGGUGUCAAAUAGAAGUUGUGUUGCGUAGUCGUUGCGAGUCU